CUGCGAGCUUUACUCGGCCACAUCAGCAUGAAGAUAAUACUCGGAUAAGAGAUCAUGCUGUCACUUUUACAGGUAUAAAAGGCAGAUGCGGGGCUAAGUUAGGCCGAUGUUGGGAUCACAACAAUCUGCCAUCAUGACCUUCAAUGGCACCUGGAAAGUGGAUCGCAAUGAGAACUAUGAGAAGUUCAUGGAACAAAUGGGCAUCAACAUGGUAAAGAGGAAACUGGCUGCUCAUGACAACCUGAAGAUCACCCUGGAGCAGAAAGGAGAUAAGUUCGUAGUGAAGGAAGUUAGCACUUUUCGGACGUUGGACAUCGAAUUUACUUUGGGCAUCACCUUCGAGUAUUCUCUUGCAGAUGGCACUGAGCUCUCAGGAUCCUGGGUCAUGGAGGGUGACAUGCUGAAGGGAACCUUCACUCGCAAGGACAACGGAAAGGUGCUGAUAACAACCAGGAAGAUUAUUGGUGAUGAACUUGUACAGAGCUAUAGCUAUGAUGGUGUUGAAGCUAAGAGGAUUUUCAAGAGGGGUUAAAAUAUCAUCAGCAUUCACACAAUCCAAAAUCAUAACUGUAGUGGGAUGACAUGGAACUGUUCAGUAUCUUACUUGAUUUUAACAACUUGCAGAACUAGAUAGAAAGUUUACACAGAAUGCAUGUAAACCAUGUCCCAUUUGCACUGUGAGUUUUGAUAUUUAAGGUAAUAAAGUCAUUUUUACAACU